UCCUAGCUGGGAGUGAACCGGAAGUGUAAACGCUCCUACUGCUUCUCGGCCAGGCGGAACCUGUUCGGCUGGGCCCGGUGGCCGCAAAGAACUUUCUCCCGCCCUAACGGUUGCUGCGGCCAACUGCCUCACCCGCCUGGCAGCCUCACCCGCCUUCUCUUCUUCUCCCCUCAGGCUCGGCGCGGUCCUGUCUCCCUCUCGCCCGGCGGUAUCCGCUUGCUGCCGCCACCGCCUCCUCGUCUUCUGCCCCGCCAACUGGCCCGCCCCGCUGCAGUAAUGUGCGACAAGGAGUUCAUGUGGGCCCUGAAAAACGGGGACUUGGAUGAGGUGAAAGACUACGUGGCUAAGGGAGAAGAUGUCAACCGGACACUAGAAGGUGGAAGGAAACCUCUUCAUUAUGCAGCAGAUUGUGGGCAGCUUGAAAUCCUGGAAUUUCUGCUGCUGAAAGGAGCAGACAUUAACGCUGCAGACAAACACGGUAUUACCCCUCUGCUGUCCGCUGUCUACGAAGGUCAUGUUUCCUGUGUGAAACUGCUUCUGUCCAAGGGUGCUGACAAGACUGUGAAAGGUCCCGAUGGACUGACGGCCUUUGAAGCCACUGACAACCAGGCAAUCAAAGCUCUUCUUCAGUGAUGGACGGACGGGCUGUCAGCUCCGGAAGAAUGACUCUCCUGUGGCCUCACACUGCUGCCUGUCUGUCUGUCACUCUCUAUCUGCCAGCUUCUUCAGCUAAAUACUCUAAGAGGGGUGAGGGGAGAGAGAAAUUCAUAAAUCAAACUACCAGAAAACAAACAAACAAACCCCAGUGUUUUGGAGGAGGGGGAAACACACCAUGGUCAGGUUUCACUAGGAUUCCUGAUCAAGUCAGUCUCUGUUCCAUUUCCAAUAAAAUACGCAGUUUAUACCCAAGGGAGAGCAAGGACAAAACAUACCGGUACCAUUUGACCUUUUCAGCUCCCUAGCCCAUGAUUAAUAGAUUGUGUCGAGGGUCUGAUUCUCCAAAGGCCAACUCUGCAUACUUGGCAGCCCUACCUGUGCAAGCAGUAGUGGCUGCUGCGAUGGAACUUAGGGUGCCGAGAUAAGCAAUUAGCUAUAGCCUUCUGCCUUAAGACGCACUCUGUGGGGAUCUGGUGGAGGUAAGAGCGCCGCCUGUGGCUGGUGACCAAACCUUCCCUCGGUGACUUCCAGCUUCAGGCGAAAGAAAGCUCAGUUAAGGCGAGGGGGUGGGGGGGGCACACUCCUAAAUUGCUGGGUGACUGAACCUCGGAUUUCUUCUCCCCUUCACCUGCAUUUCAUGCAUCUUUAGGUAAGACUGACUAGUUUUAUUUAUAAAAUCUUAAAUUUUGAAAGUCUAAAGGAGAAAUCAUUCCAGUAUGCAUAUUUUUCUUUCUCCUCUAGAUUCACACAUUUAUAUAACAUAGAAACACUUUCCAAUUCCUGCUGGUAGUAAAAGGGGAUUUAAAAAUAGAAUCAUAGCCAUAAGCCUGUUAGUAUCAUAUAAAGAGAGGGCAGUUGUCUUAGUACCUCUGGAGUUGCUUCAUUUGCUAUUUGAAUGGAUUGGCCUUGGUUAUGUUUGGAGAACCAAGGAACAUUGUUUCGAAUGCCUCUCUCAGAUUCAGCUUGGAUGCUGAUUACUUACUGCACCAAAGCAAUCGCUGGGGUGAGAUUUGCUACUUGGACAAAUUUAACCCAUCCCUUCAAAAAUACACUUGUUAUCAGGUUUCCCUGAGUUGAUCAACUUCUGCUGAACAUAUGCCAACCCACUUGCAUAGUAUAUUUUUGUUUCUUUCCUAACUCAUGUAUUGCAUAAAGUGUGACACCUUCAAAACAAAUUCUGUGUCCUUAAAAUACACUGCCCUAAAAUGGUGUUCUUAUGACCUGCAGAAAAUAUUUAAACACAUUUUCAAAUGCAUAUGUCAUGAGCAGUAUGACUAAUUAAAACAUGCACCCUUAAAUUUUGCUAUCUUGCAUUUAAAAAGACUUAAGAUUCUUUUGACUUGCCAUCCAUAUAAGCUUACUAAAAAUAUUAAGCUUUUUUUCUUAGCCACGUCAUGCAAUAAUUGAAUGUACCUCAAAUUUUUAAAAAGGGGGGAGGGUGGGUUUAGGGACUUGUAUUCAGAUUAUGACUGAUAACGAAUUAAUGAUUUUUUUUUAAGGCAAUGUAGCAUUCGACAGCAGAGUUAAACUAGUAUCAAGAACAGUCAGCGUGGCUAAUAACAAAUCUUACUCAUCAGUUGCUGGUCGGUUGGUUUGUUUGUGUGUGUGUGUGUGUGUGUGUGUGUGUGUGUCCGUCCAUGUCCCCGUGAACCCUUUUUUUAUCCUGUGGUUUUUUCAAUUACAAGUAAUCCUGUAAUUUUUCUGCAUCCAAGAAAACAAAAUGAUGGUUUAAAUACUUUGAUAUAUUUGGCUAAUUCUGCUGCCUUAGUGCAGCCUGUAGAGUUGGAUGAAAAGUCAGUAAUCAGUACUUUAUUACAUCGCUGAGUAAAACUCAGAACUAUGCUCACUGAAGAUGGAGGGCACUCUAGCUGUCUUUUAACUAUCAACGUAGUGAUGACAAGGUGUUUUGAUAUCUUUGUUUCCACUUGUCAGCACAAUGCCAUCUUAAAGGCUUGGAUUUUUACCUUUACAUUCUAAGUGUUUUGUUGUACUUGGCUGUUGCAGAGAGUGUGCUGUCCUGUCAUUCCUAAACCUGGUCUGCUUUCUCCAGUCACCUGGCACAGAAACCAGGUGAUGUGUUUUGUACAGUAGUUGAUCCUGAUGUUUCUUGUCAUGCAGCAGAGGCUCCUUCGCCUUUCUUCUUUCUCAGCCAUUUUGUAAACCCCAUAAUUAUGAAGAGGUUGCUUGAGAAAAUAACAUAUAAACAUAGAAUAGACUGACCAAGAUGGUUUACAAUUUCUUCUUUUUUUAACUAGUUUAUUUAUAAUGUAUUUCUGAACCACUUGGUAGAAAAAUUCACAACACUUUAAAUGUUCAUAUUUUAAGUAAAGGAAGCUAAAAUCAUGUCUGCUUUUUGGUACUACAUGCAUUAGUGAAAGGUUAAGUAUUGUUCUCCACUGAAGUAAUAUUUAACAUCUCAGCAGAAACCCUGCAUGUUCUGUAGUUUUGUACUCAGUCAUUUCGUAUGCACUAUAGCAAGUCAAAACAGGUGGUUUGCCUGCUUGCAUCUGUAUACUAACCAGUUCCCCGUUGCAGUUUCAGACUGGUAACUAUAGACUCGUAGUUCAAGUACAGCACCUAAGUAUACCCAAGUAGUUCUACGGUAGCUCACCUUCUAAACCCAGUGGGGCAUGAAGGAGAGAGAGGUAGGCAGGGGUAGUGUGUGGAAGCUGCAAGCCAGCGGGCCCUUUAUUCAUUGAUUUCUUUCUUCCAGAUAAUGGAUUUUAAAUCUGUAUGUGCUUAUUUGAUUUUUUUCCCCUAAAACUUCAACCGAGCUGCUGUUUUCUUCCAUGCAAUAUUGUAUGCUCGACUGUAGAAGAAGCUGGUGAGAGUGCCCUCCUACAUAAGCAAUUGCAGUGUUUUGCAUGCAAAACUUAAAAAAUUUAAAUUGUCCUGAUUCUAUUUUGUAAAUGGAGAAACAAUCAUAUCUUUCUAAGCAGUAAUGGAGGAAGACUAGUGCUUUGUGCAUUUUGAUAUAUUUGAGGUCAUUUUUUUCCACAAUGUAAUACUUUUGACACAAUUGGGUUUCUCAUAUUAUCCUAGUUCAUGUACAUCAGAAUGCUAAAUAAUACUGUGUUUAAGUUUUGUGUUGCAAGAAUAAAUGGAAUAAACUUGAAUUGUGCUACA